UGAAGCUUGGGAUCCCACAGUCACUGCUGCUCCUCUUCAGCCUUGCCGCACGCACCAUGCAGCCCCCUCUCCUCCUCCUCUUCCACUUUCUCCCGAUCCUCCUCCCUGGGAUGGGGGCAGCCUCGGAGGAGCCACAGGUUAUCCAGUACCUUGUGACCAGCUUUUUUGCCAACAUCAGCUCUGCUCAGGUGUCAUGUGUGGUACUCGCUGGGGACAUACCCAUCUUAACACUGGAUCCAGCCGACUGGAGCAUCCACUUCCACUGGCCCUGGGUCAGCCAGGCUGCAGCUGAAGGCGACGGGGAAAAGAUAAUGUCCACGUACAAAAUCUUUCUGCGCAAUAUGAUCCGAUUUGUGCACGACACAGUUCAGCAGACAGAACAACACUACCCAUUGGUGGUCCAGCUCCGUGCAGGCUGCGUGCUGUACCCCAACACAACCAGCCAGGGCUUCAUGAACGUCAGCUGGUGUGGCAGAGACCUCGCAGCUUUUGAGGUAGAUAAACAGCGCUGGGAGGCCCGGCAGCCAUCCCAGGUGGCAGAGCUGGUCAGCAAGAGCCUCAACAAGCAGAGGUCUGUCAUAGUGCUCCUGGAGUACCUUCUCUCCUUCUGGAUAUGCCAGAGCAACUUCCUCACCCUGAAGAGGUAUGGGAGGGAUAUUCUGGAGAGACAAGAGCUGCCUGUGGCCACGGUCUUCGCCCGCACCCCCAGCCUAGGCCAGCUGCUGCUCGUUUGCCACGUCACUGGCUUCUACCCGCGUCCCAUCAGUGUGGCCUGGCUGCGGGAUGGCCAGGAGGUGCCUCCGGGGCCGGCGCUCAACACCAGCCCCAUCCUGCCCAACGCUGACCUCACCUACCAGCUCCGCAGCGUCCUGGCCGUGGCCCCCCGGGACGGGCACAGCUACGUCUGCCGUGUGCGCCACCACAGCCUGGGCACCCGCAGCCUCCUCAUCCCAUGGGAAAACAGCAGUGCACCUCCAACCAUCACCAUCACCAUUGUGAUGCUGCUUCUCGUGGCCACAGGCUCUGCUGGGGCAUUUUGGUGGUGGAAGCACAGGAAGGGUAAUGAGGCUGCAUGGGAGACCCAAGAAUGCAUCAUUUGAGGCCUGGUUGCCCACACAGCAACAACUGCUUGCUCUCCUGUGGAGUCCCUGAAACCCCUUGGGGCAAUUCGCAGUCUUGCCUUGGAAGGAUGGACCAUGGAGUCUUCCCUGCCUAUGCUGAAAGGAAUUCCUUCCCCAUGGUGCUCUGCAGUGUUGUCUCUUCUCCCCAUGCCCCUGGUUCUCGUGGUUUCUCCUUUCCCUGCUUCCCUAUUGGUGGUGGUAUCACCAGUGUCUGGCCCCAUCCCCUCUACAGGUCACUGACCCCUGCCCUGCUCUUUGUACCACCCCCGUGCCCUUAGACCAUUGGUUCCUGACCCCUGUUUAGGCCUGUGCACAGCACCUGGCUGGGUCUUUUUGUCCCUGAUCCCUCUGGUGUGCUGGAAUAAACCUCACUGGAAUUUAUCAUACAAAAAGGCCCUUCUUUCCUCUCCUUGCUGAGCCUAGGCGUGGCAUGUGUGAGCUUGGCUGCUUUACCUGAAUCCUGCCCAAGCAGCUUUUCCACAGGAGAUGCUUAUGGGGAUAUAGAGAGCAGCUCCACCAUCUAAAAAGCACACUGCUGCAGACCUUUGUCUUGGCUCCAGCUCUGCAACAAUGCAGCUCCCCCCUACCAUCUCUAAGCCC